ACCAGUCGCGCCCCGCCCACCGAGCGUCCCUCUCGCCAAAUGGACGGGCAGCAGCAGCGGCUGGCAGCGCAGAACUCGCGUAUUUGGGCUGAAAAGUGAAACAUUCCCGACGCAAACACCGGGAUUAUCGAUGAUCGGCGCUCACCCGCGGGGGAAGAAGCUGCCUAACAGCCGCCAAGCGCAAGCAGCGACCCGGUCCGCGCGAGAGUGUGUGUGUUACCGAUCCGAACCGCUCCGAUAUCGGUCCGGUUAACGGGAGGAGGCCGUGUGUGAGUGUGUGUUUAAGUGUGUGCGUGUGUUGAUGCACUGACACACACAUACACACACACCGCUGGUUGUUGUUGUUGUAAAGUUAUCGGUCCGGUCCAUCCUGCGGUGAUCCGGGUCUCUGCAGAAACAGCGUGUGUUUGUAUGGAUAUGUGACGCGGACUCGCUCCGGAUCAGGAUGGAGAACCCGCAGAGAAACAGCCCUCUGGUCAGAGAUCUGACCCGAGCCUUCAGCCACUUCAACAGACACAACGUGUUCCUGAAGAAGAACCUGAAGGAGACCCUCACCUUCUUCCGCGAGAUCCGACAGAACCACAGCAACGCCUGCAGCAGCACACCUGCAGCGCUGGACACAGGUCAGCUCAGCUGCAUCUCGCUCCCGCGUCACGAGGAGGACUAUCUGCAGAAUGUGGUCGGUAGCGCCCCCUACAUCCUCAUCCUGGGCCAGGACUGUUCGGCCCGAUACCAGCUGCUCAACUGCCUGCUGGGAGAGAGGCUCCUCCCCCUGGGCUCGGAAGUGGGCGGGGCCUGUGGGCCGGAGGGCGGGGCCUGCAGGAGGAGGAAGCUGUGCUUCACGCAUGGCCGUCAGACACGUUUGAGCCUGGCGCUGCCGGGGCAGUAUGAGCUGGUGCAUCAGCUGGCGGCUCACUGCGGACGCUGGGACACGGUGCCAUGCGAGGAUCUGGAGAUCCAGGAGUGCGAGGAUCCCGCGCAGCGAUUGGCCGAGCUGGAGGUCACGCUCCAUCACGCGCUGCUGCAGGAGGUGAAGAUCAUGGUGCUCCCGUGCCGCGGCGUGCAGCCGGUGGAGGAGGCUCUGGAGGACUGCAAGCGCGGCAUCCUUCCCAUCAUCCUCUACGCCGUCAGUAAAGACGCGCUGAGCGCCGAGCAGGUGAGCGACCUGCAGAAGGUGCGCGAGACGCUGCCGUUUCCCGUCUGCUUCGUCCGGGCCCCCAGCGGCCCCUCGGAACCCGGGGCCCUCCACAGGCAGCUGCUGUCCCUGGAGCUGAUCGGCGCAGCGGCGGGGAGCUGCGCCUGCGGGGCUCCUGCGCAGACGCAGAGCAUUCUGGGAGAGAGUCUGGAGCGUCUGCAGCGUGUGCUGGGGCCCUUCACUCGACAGCUGCUGCAGAGCCAACAGGUGGAGGCCGCGACGCUGCUGAACGCCGUCCACUGCCGCUACCUCGACCUCUUCAUCAACCAGGCGUUCGACAUGCAGAGGGAUCUUCAGAUCACGCCGCGGCGGCUGGAGUACACUCGAGAGAAGGAGGGCGAGCUCUUCAGCUCUCUGAUGGCCAUCGCCAACCGGCAAUUCAUUAGUGUUAAUGAGCAACAUGUGUGUCCUGUUACUAUAGAGCAGUCAGUGUUUGUGUAGCUGACAUCUGUGUGCGUGUGUUCAGACAUCAUCAUGUCGUCUAACGGUGAGCCAGUGAGCUCGAAGGACAUUAAGAUGUGCAUCAGUCAGAUCCAGGACCUGAUCGUGGUGCAGCUCAAUCAGGCCGUGGCUAAUAAACUGACCAGCUCAGUGGACUACCUGAGAGAGAGCUUCGUGGGUUUUUUUCCUUGAGAAAAUUUGGCAUGUGUGCUUGCUUGAUAUAUAUCCAAAAUAAUCAAUAUUGAAUCGAAUCGAAUCGUGAAAUUUAUCCUGAACGCGGCGUAUAACGUGGAGGUGACCUUCCACUCGGGCUCCUCCGUCACCAGGCUCUUCUGGGAGCAGAUCAAGCAGAUCAUCCACCGCAUCACGUGGGUCAAUCCUCCGUCCGUCUCGGCCGAGUGGAAGCGUAAGGUCGCGCAGGACGCCAUCGAGAGCCUGAGCGCCGCCAAACUGGCCAAGAGCAUCUGCUCUCAGUUCAGGACCAGACUCAACAGCUCCCACGAGGCCUUCGCCGCCUCGCUCCGACAGCUGGAGGAGGGUCACACGGGGCGUCUGGAGCGAACUGAAGACCUGUGGUUGCGGGUCAGGAAGGAUCACGCCCCUCGACUCGCCCGCCUGUCACUGGAGAGCCGAUCGCUGCGAGACAUUCUGCUGCACGGAAAGCCGAAGAUGGGCCGUGAGCUGGGCCGUGGUCAGUACGGUGUGGUGUAUCUGUGUGAUAGCUGGGGUGGACGUCACCCGUGUGCCCUAAAGUCAGUCGUUCCUCCUGAUGACAAGCACUGGAACGACCUCGCGCUGGAGUUCCACUACACACGGUCUCUGCCUAAACACAAUCGUUUAGUGAAUCUCCACGGGUCAGUUAUCGAUCACUCGUACAGCGGCGGCUCAAGUAUCGCGGUUCUGCUGAUCAUGGAGCGAUUACACAGAGACCUCUACACGGGACUGAAGGCCGGUCUGUCUCUGAAGGAGCGUCUUCAGAUCGCUCUGGACGUGGUGGAGGGGAUUCGGUUCCUGCACAGUCAGGGUCUCCUACACCGCGACAUCAAGCUGAAGAACGUUCUGUUGGACAGACAGAACCGGGCGAAGAUCACUGACCUGGGCUUCUGUAAACCCGAGGCCAUGAUAUCCGGCAGUAUCGUAGGGACGCCCAUCCACAUGGCACCGGAACUCUUCACAGGAAAGUACGAUAACUCCGUCGACGUGUACGCGUUUGGGAUCCUCUUCUGGUAUCUCUGCUCCGGCUCCGUCAAACUCCCAGAAGCCUUUGAGAAAUGCUCCAGUAAAGACCAGCUGUGGACCAACGUCAAGAAAGGCUCGCGGCCGGAGCGUUUGCCCACGUUUGACGAGGAGUGCUGGCAGCUGAUGGAGGCCUGCUGGAACAGAGACCCUUCCCAGAGACCCCUGCUGGGCAUCGUCCAGCCCAGCCUGCAAAGCAUCAUGGACCGCCUGUGCAACAAUUCUGACCAAAAGAGCGGCAACCUGGAGGACUCGAACUGACACUCGUUUCCCUGAAUGCUCCUCUUGAGACGCUAAAGGAAAGCAGUUCUCGUUUUGUGUGUAAAAAAUGGACGAAUGUUGCUUGUGUGCCUCUGAACAAACCUGAUCACGCGUGUCAUAUUCAGCGCUGCUCGUCACGGAUCCUCUAGAACAGAGUUUUACAUGUAGUCGAGUUUGUGUUACAGAUGAACCGCUGAUUUUUAGAUGGUGUUUAAACUGGUUUACAUUAUCCUGAGAUUACAUUUUUUAAUAAAAUCAUUUGGACCAAUUCA